AUGGAUGUAAGGAACCAAAAUGAUACGAUUCAUAUAGCAAUUGAAACCGAAUAUACAGCAGUUGUCAUUCGGAUCAAUCAAAAUCGUGAUCCAUUAUUAAUUUAUAUUGGAAAACGACUUCAUAAUAAGGAAGAAUAUGCAUCUAUUCCAAGUUUUGAUGCUAAACAAUUGAAUGGUGAUUAUACUGGUUUAUACAGUUCUGUUUAUACUUCAAGUGGCACACGUAAUUUACUCGAACCUGCUAUACAAGUUGUUCAUGCUGAUGGAAAUCCAUCAUUGGAACUGAAAUAUAUUUCACAUCAACAAGACACGAUUGGUGAAUCUAAUGAAAUAUCAUUAACAACAAUUCAAUUGAAAGAUCCUGUUUAUCCAUUUGAAGUUAUUCUAUAUUAUAAAGCCUAUUAUAAAGAAAACGUUAUUGAACAAUGGACUAGUAUAAAACAUACAGAAUUGAAUGCCGUACGUUUACAAAAAUACAGUUCAGCUAAUCUAUAUUUUAGUUCAGUUAAUAAAUAUUAUUUGACGCAUUUUCAUGGUGAUUGGGCGCGAGAAAUGAAUCCGGAAGAAAUUCAAUUGACUGCAGGUAUUAAAGUAUUGGAUACAAAAUUAGGAACACGAGCUGAUCUGUUUCAACCACCAUCAUUUUUUUUAUCAUUACGUCAACCUUUGAAUCAUGCUGACGAAAAUUAUGGUGAAGUAUUUGCCGGUACAUUGGCAUGGUCAGGUAAUUAUCAGAUUCAAUUUGAAAUCGAUCCACUUCGUAAUUUACGACUUAUUGCUGGUAUCAAUUCGUAUGCAUCAGAAUAUGUUUUACUUCCAGACAAAGAAUUUAUCACGCCUAGUUUUCUUUUUACUUAUUCUUGUCAAGGUUUAGGUGUAGCUAGUCGAAAUUGGCAUCGAUGGGCAAGAAAAUAUCGUAUUCCACAAGGUGAAGGCAAUCGAUUAACUUUACUUAACAAUUGGGAAGCAACAUUUUUUGAUUUUGAUGAACAAAAAUUAGUUUCAUUAAUUAAAGAUGGAAAAAAAUUAGGUGUCGAUUUAUUUCUUCUCGAUGAUGGUUGGUUUGGUAAUAAAUAUCCUAGAGAUUAUGAUAGUGCUGGUUUAGGUGAUUGGCAAGAAAAUCUUAAAAAAUUACCACAUGGUAUUGGUUAUUUGAUAAGUGAAGCUGAAACAACAGGUAUUAAAUUCGGUAUUUGGAUAGAACCAGAAAUGGUAAAUCCGAAGAGUGAGCUCUAUGAAAAUCAUCCUGAUUGGGUUAUUAAACUACCAAAUCGAUCCGAAUAUUAUUUUCGUAAUCAACUUGUACUUGAUAUGUCUAAUCAAGCAGUUCAAGAGUUUGUUUAUGGUGUUGUCGAUCGAUUAUUUACUGAACAUCCGAAGUUAGCUUAUAUUAAAUGGGAUUGUAAUGCUGUCAUUUAUAAUGCUUAUUCUCCAACAAAUCCUCAUCAAUCUCAUUUAUAUGUUGAUUAUGUACAUGGUUUAUAUAGUGUUUUAGAUCGUCUUCGAAAAAAAUAUCCUUCUGUGUUCAUUAUGUUAUGUUCAGGUGGGGGUGGACGAAUUGAUUAUGGUGUUUUGCAAUAUUUUACUGAAUUUUGGCCAAGUGAUAACACUGAUGGAUUAGAACGAAUAUUUAUUCAAUGGAGUUAUUCAUUCUUUUUUCCAGCAAUUACUAUAUGUAAUCAUGUUACUGAUUGGAGUAAACAAUCAUUAAAAUUUCGAACAGAUGUAGCUAUGAUGGGCAAAUUAGGAUAUGAUAUUGUCGUUAGUAAACUUGAUGAAAAUGAAAUUAUAUUUAGUCAACAAGUACUUCAUACUUAUGCACGUUUAAAAGAUAUUAUUUGGCAUGGUGAUCUAUUUCGACUUGUAUCUCCAUAUAGACAAGAUCAUGAUAUUGCAUCAUUGAUGUACGUUAAUGAGAAGCAAGACAAAGCAAUUUGGUUUACUUAUUUGAUUAGUAAUCGUUAUCAAGCUGGUAGUAAUGGUGUUAUUCGAUUAAAUGGACUUGAUUCAGUGAAGACGUACACCAUUCAAGAGAUUAAUAUUUAUCCAGGUACUGAUAAUUCGACAAUCAUUUUUCAAAAUUCCUUAUCUGGUGAUUAUUUAAUGACAUUUGGAUUUGAUCCAAUGGUAGAUGUACGACGGCCGAGUGUUGUCCUGGAGUUAACAGGACAUAUUUAA